UCCUCUGUCCCUGCAGGGGCCCUCAGAUCCACCUCAGCCUUAGGGCCAUGGGUGGAGGGACACCUGCCUUUUACCUCUCUCACUCUGCCAGGCCCAGGGGACAAGGAGACAUUCACUCAUCACCAUUCACUGGGCACCUGCUGUGUUACAGGCCCUGGAUUGGGCACGGGCAGUGGGGAACUAGACAGAUAGGGUCUCAGCCCAAGGGACAGGGCAGGCAUACUGUGGCAGGAUCCAUGCUGGGACAGUGGGAGCUCAAGUUUCCUCACUCCACUUGGAGAUCUGGUAGACCUCCCAGGGCAGGUGAUGCCAUAGCAGAGACCUGAGUGCUGAGUAGAAAUUAAGCCAGGCAAGGUGGGGGCUGAGUGUUCUUGGGGCAGGAAACAAAAUGGGCAGAGGAAAGAAGGGGACUUGUGAAAGCGGUAGGUGGGGGAGGUGUGAGAGGGCACGGUGGUGCCAUGGCAGAGAUGGACAAUACAGAAGGGGAGCUGCCCAAGCCAGCUUGGGUUGUGGCUGCUCUGAGAGGCCUAUGAGACCCCUUGGGAACCAGGCUUUACGCACCUCCCUUUCUUGUGAGGAGGAGCUGGAGGAGUUUUCCCAGCUUUCUCUGCUGUGUGGAAGGUGUGGCCAUGGCCAUGGAGUCUAAGCUCACACCCCCUCUCUCCUGCAGGUUUCCAUCCCUGGGGCAUGACCAUGCAGCUAGGCCUGGCCCUGGUGCUAGGGGUGGCCCUGUGCUUGGGAUGUGGCCAGCCCCUGCUGCAAGCCCCUGAACGCCCCUUCUUGGUGCUGUGGAAUGUGCCCUCAGCACACUGUAAGGCCCGCUUUGGCGUGCACCUGCCACUAGAGGCCCUGGGCAUCGCAGCCAACCGUGGCCAGCGUUUCCACGGCCAGAAUGUCACCAUCUUCUACAAGAACCAGCUCGGCUUCUAUCCCUACCUUGGGCCGAGGGGCACAGCUCACAACGGGGGCAUCCCCCAGGCUGUGCCCCUUGACCGCCACCUGGCACGGGCUGCCUAUCAGAUCCGCCACAGCCUGCAACCUGGCUUCGCUGGCCUGGCAGUACUGGACUGGGAGGAAUGGUGUCCACUCUGGUCUGGGAACUGGGGCUGCCGCCAGGUCUACCAGACAGCCUCCUGGGCUUGGGCACGGCGGGUAUUCCCCAACCUGGACCCCCAGGAGCAGCUCUACAAGGCCCGUAUCGGCUUUGAACAGGCAGCCCGUGCACUGAUGGAGGAUACACUGCGGCUAGGCCGGGCACUGCAGCCCCAUGGGCUCUGGGGCUUCUAUCGCUUCCCGGCCUGUGGCAAUGGCUGGCAUGGUACAGCUUCCAAUUACACGGGCCACUGCCAUGCAGCCACCCUUGCCCGCAACACCCAACUGCAUUGGCUCUGGGCCGCCUCCAGCGCCCUCUUCCCCAGCAUAUACCUCCCACCCAGGUUACCACCUGCUCACCACCACGCAUUUGUCCGAUACCGCCUGGAGGAGGCCUUCCGUGUGGCCCUCGCUGGGCACCCACAUCCCCUGCCUGUCCUGGCCUAUGCCCGCCUCACACACCGGAGCUCUGGGAGGUUCCUGUCCCAGGAGGAGUGCUGGCAUCUCCAUGACUACCUAGUGAGCACCCUGGGCCCUUAUGUGAUCAACGUGACCAGGGCAGCCAUGGCCUGCAGUCACCAGCGGUGCCAUGGCCAUGGCCGAUGUGCUUGGCAAGACCCAGGACAACUGGAAGUCUUUCUGCACCUGGAGCCAGAUGGCAGCCCUGGAGAUUGGGAGUCCUUCAGCUGCCGUUGUUACUCGGGCUGGGCUGGCCCUACCUGCCAGGAGCCCAGGCCUGAAGAAGCAACAUAAAGCCAGGAGUCACCUGCCUCUGACCUUCAUGUUCCUGCUGCCAUCUUUCCAGUCCUGGAGGGAAGACUUUGUCCCACUCUUGUUCUGUUUAGCUUACAGUCACUUCUCCCAUGCACACACCCCACUUCCCAUGGGAUCCCUGGGGAGUGGAAGAGGCCAGAAAAAAACAUACUGUUUUAAAACUAGACGCCCUCUGAGAUCACCUCAUCCCUCCUGACAAGAAAGCAGCCCCAGGAAGAGUCGGUGUUCCAGAAGGUUAAGGUUGCCAGCCCAGGGCUCUGUUCUACACUUCACUGCGUCCAUGGAAUGGUCACAGGAGACCCGUCCAGGGGCAGGUGGGCCCCUGAGGAGAUCUUGGCUAAGGUCUUUAAGUGCUAAGCUGUUGUCUGUAAUCUGCUUUCAUCAUAAAGUUACUUUUUCUUUCA